AUGGUGGCAACCUCCCACCACUACCACCGCGACUACGACUACUGCCCCCUUGAUCACGUCCACUGUCCCCCGAUCACGACCUCUCGCCAGAGGUUGCGGAAUGAUCAAGGAACGCUCUUUGUGAUCAGCAACCUCAUGCCACCCAAGAAGAAGGCGAACACAUCCUUUCAGGAUGUCACACGCAUGGUAGCAACCGCCGAGAACACAGUUCUCCGGAUCUGGUCCGCACCGCACCAAAUCGGCCUAGUCGUCAAGCAGGCCGCCGAGUGCGUGGCCGAUGGCACGUGA